AUGUCUGAGACGUCUACAGGUGCAGUUUAUCUCUGUAUCAAGCAGUUCAAUGCCCGCCUUGGUGAUGAACUCAACCUAAAAAUCGGCGAUAAAGUCGAGGUUUUGGCUGACGACAGCGAAUACAACGAUGGGUGGUAUAUGGGCAAAAACAUGCUUACAAAUGAGGUGGGACUUUAUCCAAAGUCAUUUACUCAACUUUUACAAACUCCUUCAGGGUCCCUUCUUCGAUCUCGAUCACGCAGAGUGACCAGUAAAGGCUUGAGUGCUUCUAAUAUCACUGAAAAAUUGGAUAAACUCAGCGUUUCCAAACCGGCAGAACCCACCGUUAACGAAGAAUCCAAGUCGGGACUCACGCAAAUAUCAGAACAAAACCCCAAAAAUUCCAAUUCUUCAGCUGCCACCGAUACCGUACAAGACAUCGACAGGGCUCUCGAAGAGCUCCAGACACCCCCAGCCGAAAUUAAAAACCCGUAUAAGGAUAUAAAGCCGGUUGAAUCAAAACUGGUUUACCAGAGCCAGCCACUGGGUUUCCAAGCGAGAGAAGCAAAUGCGGCAAAGGAACUCCCUACUCCAGUCUCCAAUGAUCCACCUACACCUGCUACAAAAAAGGCGUCCCAUAGUACCGAGGUGACACCGGAAACACAGCACCAGCUGCUGUCACAGUCACGCUCUCAACCCCAGCAACAGCCUGCUCUUUCGUCUCAGCUGGGUCGCAACGGCUCUCUCAGCUCGGUUCCAAAUCCUUCUGAGGCCCACUCGUGGAGCCCCAAGGACGUCAGUGCGUAUUUUUCGCAUCUUGGCUUCGACUCGGGUGUCUCUGGUAAGUUUCUUCGUCACGAAAUCACCGGUGCAAUUCUCUUCGAGUUGGACUUGGGUCACCUCAAAGAGUUGGACAUAGAUUCUUUCGGGGUUCGGUUCCAGAUACACAAGGAGAUAGAGAAAUUGAAGCAAAUUGCUGCUGGUGAAGUUGCUGCUCGAAAUGCCAUGCCAAGUUCAUCUUCUGAAAGUCUUUUGAGUCCCAAGGUGUCGCAAUCUUUUAACUCCUACAACAACUCGGAUGAUGACCGCGGUCUCAUGCCGUCUGCACCGUUGAGUCGGAAGAGGGAGAAAGGAGACGAUGUUGAAACUCCACCCAUGCCUUUCGUAGCACCACAACGUCCUCACGGACCUCUGAGUCCUGAUGAACAAGUUUAUCACGACAAAUUAGCUCAGGCUCAGGAUGAGUUCGGAACACCCACCACGCCAAACACGCCCAGAACUCGCAACGCUGCUGAUGCUCCUGAACACCAUCUUUACCUUACCCGAAAUAAUGCUCUGAGCGCUGGUUUGGGUAUUAAUGGCAUGUCGCGCCCCGCCUCUUCCAUAUAUGAGCCAAGCGUGGGCCACAGUCGUAAUGCUCUGGCUUCUCACCGCAGAAAUUCGCUGGUCAUUUCUGGCCAUAAACGGCACUCGUCCUUAUUUUCCUUCUUGUCUGGAAACGAAAAUGAACGUGAAAGGUUGGAAAAGAUUGAAAAAGAAGAGCGCGCAGCUCAGGCAGAGAAGGAAAAACAGAGGGCUGCCAGUGCCCGUUUAGCAAAGGAAAAGCCGUCCAUGUUGGACGAAACGGCAGAUAUCUCUAAGGCAGGCGGAACAAGUUCGCCCAAAAAAGCUGCCGAUAAGCGUGCCGCUUCGGACCUGAAUGUCACUCGUCUCAAGACACUUAGAACAGCUUCGUCACAAAAUUUCCGUGGAUUUUCAGGGCUGAAAAAGCUGAAGACGUCUGCGUUCACCGAGGGCAUUCGACAAAUCACCCCUGAUGAGGCAAUCAAGCUGGCUUCUUUCAGCGGAUGGAUGUCAAAGAAAAGUGGAUCUACUAUCGGCUGGCGAUCUCGCUACUUUACGUUACAUGGGACACGUUUGCUGUAUUUUACGUCUUUGAAAGAUAAGAAAGAGCGUGGGCUCAUCGACAUUACUGCCCACAAGGUUAUCCCUAUCAAUAGUGACGACAGCUCCAGCGACAAGUACAUCGCGAUGUACGCAUCUUCCACUGGAUUUGGUCGUUACUGUUUCAAGUUGGUGCCUCCAGCCCCAGGUUUCAAGAAGGGACUCACCUUCACUCAGCCAAAAACGCAUUUUUUUGCUGUAGAAACGCAAGAUGAAAUGCGUGGGUGGCUCAAGGCUUUGAUGACGGCCACCAUUGAUAUCGACGAUACCGUUCCAGUUGUUAGCAGCUGCCUGACACCAACGGUGUCUUUGUCAAAAGCACAAGAAUUAUUGGAACGAGCAAGGGAAGAAAACAAGUUGAGAGACGAGCAGCUGGCCGAUUAUAGCCACAUAAUGACGGAGACUUCGAUGGAUAACCAUUUGGAAAACGAAACCGAUCAAACUCUGGAAGAAGCUCUGCCCAUGGUAUCGUACGACGAAUCCGCAUCGAGCUCGCAGCCAAAACUUUCUCUCGAUACGUCAGUUCGAAACACUCUGAAGGGACCCAAGACACCACAAAUGUCACAAAGCAGUGGUGGUUUCUCGUCACCUUACCUUCUUGCGUCUGGAGUGUUGUCGCCCAGACUGGGUACUCAUCUGUCUCCUUCCGAGACACCACAGCUGGGGCUGAGAUCUCAACACGAAUAUUUUCCCGAAACCACCACACCAAAACUGACGUUUUCUAGCAGCAAUGGACGUGUGGUCAGCCAGGGGCUGGGCUACACCCCUUUCAAUCCUCCAAAAAAGAAGCGUGGUUCCGACAAGAUGCUUUCGUAUGCCAGUGAUGCCCUGGGAAACCACACCUUUGUGUUGAAAGCGUCAAAGUAG